AUGCAGGCGGUGGCACGGGCGGCGCGUGGGCUCGCGGCUGCGGCUACGCGGCCGUCGGCGAUGGAGGCAUGGCACCGCGGGCAGGUGCAGCAAUCCCGGGGCAUCGUGGUGCAGGUGAGGGACGGGAACCUGGAGCGGGCGCUGUCGGUCAUGGAGCGCAAGAUGCGGUCCAGCGGCAUGGAGCGCCUCAUCCGGGCGCGCACCCACCACCACGUCAAGGACUCGGAAAAGCGCGUGCUCGCGCGUAAGGCGCUUAUGCAGCGCGUCCGGUCCCAGGAGCUCGGCAAGAAGCUCCGCGAGAUCCUCAUCAAGAAGAUCAGGGGGCUGGACUGGAAGGCUUGUGUGAGCUGA